AUGGGCAAGACAAAGGUCGCAGACAAGUCGUCCAAGAAGGACAAGAAGGCUGAGCUUUCGAGCGUCAAGGCCGGUCGCGUUACCAAGCCCGCUGCGACACCCAAGUCCAAGAGCAAGGACAUUGCCAAGUCCGUUGCUUCCAGCGUCAAGGACAAGAAAAAGUCGAAGAAGGCUCCUACUCCUGAGCCCGAGUCUGAUUCUUCGUCUGAGAGCGAGAGCGAGGACUCCUCUGAGAGCAGCAGCGAGGAGGAGGUCGAGAAGAAGACCUCCACCAAGCCUGCUCCCAAGGCCGCUCCCAAGGCUGUUGCUAAUGACAGCGACUCCAGCUCUUCCGAGAGCAGCGAUGACAGCAGCAGCAGCGAGGAUGAGAAGCCUGCUCCCAAGGCCAAGACCAACGGCGCUGCUAAGACCAAGGCCGAGUCUAGCGACUCCGACAGUGACUCUGACUCUGAGUCCGACUCUGACAGCAGCGAGUCCAAGGACGAGAAGCCCGCCGCAAAGGCUGAGGCCACCUCCACCUCUGACGACUCCUCUGACUCUGACGCCGAUUCCGACUCUGACUCCGACUCCUCUUCCGAAUCUGACAGCGAUGAAGCCGAGGCUCCCUCCAAGAAGCGCAAGGCUGAGGAAGUCACCGAGCCCGCGGUCAAGAAGACCAAGACUGUCGAGCCCGUCGCUGAAGAGGGCAUCAAGAACCUGUUCGUUGGCAACAUGAGCUGGAACAUUGACGAGGACUGGCUCCGUCGUGAGUUUGAGGGCUUUGGCGAGAUUGUCGGCUGCCGUGUCAUCACCGACCGUGAGACUGGUCGUGCCAAGGGAUUCGGUUACGUUGAGUUUGCCAACGCUGCCGAUGCCGCCAAGGCCCAGAAGGAGAUGCACGAUUACGAGCUUGACGGUCGCCCAUUGAACGUCGACUUCAGCACCCCCCGCCAAAAGCCCGAUGCCAACGCUGCCGGCGCCCGCGCCAACAAGUUUGGUGACAAGCGCAGCCCUGCCAGCAACACUCUGUUCCUUGGUAACAUCUCUUUCGAGUGCACCAACGACAGCAUCCAGCAGAUCUUCGCCGAGUACGGCAACAUCACCCGUGUCUCUCUGCCCACCGACCGUGAUACUGGCUCACUCAAGGGCUUCGGAUAUGUUGACUUCAGCACCCAGGAGGAGGCUACCGCUGCUCUUGAGGCUCUCAACGGCCAGGACAUUGAGGGUCGUGCUAUCCGCAUUGACUACGCCACUCCUCGCGAUGACAACGGCGGC